AUGUUGGAAAAGCACAUCUUUGUAGUGAGGUCCAAUCCUAAGACAAAGAUCAGCUAUGCCCGGCAGCUGCAUGAGUUUAAACUAGGCCACGUGGACGUCUUAGAGAAGAACGAAAUUUCUGAAAGCCUAUCUGAGGAAGGGCGUGUGCUCAGAAUCCGGGUCUACCUCGCACCGGAUGGGAGACCUCAGGAAGACUGCUCUGCGUCUCUCAGCUUCGCUCUCUCCGUGGGCCUCAACGGAGUUAAAAGUGCACGUGAGCUGGACGAGACCACGCCUUGCCGGUCGCUCAAGGAACACGGGACGAAGUCCCGGCACCCUACAGAAGUAGGUCUCCAGCUGGUGGUUGGAGUGACCCCUUGUUCUUUGGUGGCGCUGGUGAGUGAGGCUCCCGCGGGACCCUUGCAGCAACUGUGCCUUUCCUGGGGCAGCAAGCCCCUGCCUGCCCAGAGAGGACUGCCUGGUGGGCACAGAGAGGACUCCCGGGCUCCUGACAGUCCAGCUUCAGGCUCAAGCACAGCACACCAGCCACAGUGAACUCUGUACCUUGACCAUACACUGGCUCUUGCCUGCGAUGCUCAGCAUACCAGCCCCAGUGAACUGGCUCUUUUCAGACCUACCCACUUGGCUCACUCCUUCACAUGCUUUAGCUGUUUACUCCGUCACCUUUUCAGAGGGGCCAUGCCUAACCACUAUUUAAAAUUCCAAGCCCCACCCCAUUAAAUAAAUAAAUAAAUAAAUA